GCCACAUCCGGUCCCGCCUCGGGACACGUGAGGAGCGCCAAGCAGACGAGCGCCGCCGGUGGCGCAGGCCAUGUGAGCGUCGGACGCCGGGCGCGCGCAUGUGGCGCUCCCGGGGAGUAUGCGCGCCUGGCCACGGCUCCUACUCGCCGCGCUGGCCGCCCUGCAGCGAACGACGAGCGCUGUGCGGCCGGAGGAGCAGGAGUCGGAGGAGGAGGAGCCGUGGGCCCCCGUGAGCGCCGUGCUCGUGCGCUGGAGUCCGCCCGCCGUGCUCGUACGCUGGCGGUACCGCUACCCCGCUGCUGCUGACGCCGCUGACCAACAGGAGGAGAAGGACGCGCUGCACUUCCGCGUCUUCUACCAGGAAGUCCACGACAAGUCGUCGGGCCGCGUGGCGGUGGCCUCUGGCGAGCAGCGCAGCGUGCUGCUGGAGCGACUUCAACCGGAGGCGGAGUACCUGGUGCGCGUCUUCGCCCGAGCCUCGCCUAGCCUCGCCACGCGAGCCAACCGCACCACAGACGCGCCCGUCGGCCUGGUGCGCUUCGUGGCGCCCGGAACUGCGGCCACCGCCACAGCAGCAACAGCAGCAACAGCAGCAGCCGCCAAUGGCAGCAGCCCCAGCAGCAGCAACAACAACAACAGCAGUAGCAGCGGCGCGACGGCGGGGACCGGAGGCCCGUACUAUCGCAGCGGCGUGGUGGCUUCUCGGACCGUGGUUGUCCGCGACGAGGAGAUCGUGAUUGUGGUGCUCGUGCUGAGCGUGUGGCUGGCCGUCAUCCUGCUGUUCUUCAACAAGUGGGGCAAGAUCCGCAUGUUGGAGCCCUACCAGCCGCAAUACCACGAACAAUUAGAGCCGGACUCGCCACCCGUGCUGCAGGUGAAGAGCGUGGUGCUGGAGCGCGAGCUGCGCCGCCUGUCGUCCAACGCGAACGGCAGCAGGGCGGCCGCGCUGCACCGACUCCAUCGGCUGCGUCACAACUCGGUGUUCGUGGGCAGCCAGAUCCUGGUGCCGCUCUCGCGGCGCGUCAAGAGUGCCGAGGACAUCAAGUCCAUGGUGCUGCAGAUCGAGCAUCAGCCCAGCACGCAGUCCACCGCACUAUGAGACUCCGAGGGCCUACGCUCCUGCCGUAGGCCGCCGCCACACUGCUGCGACUCCGCCCUGUUUCCCGGGGGACGAUUCGAUCGCUGUUGACAGGGGGGAGCACCGGUUCCUCGAGGGCAUGAUGCCUGUUGUUGUUCGGUGCUGUUUUGCAUGCACCAAGAGUUCCGGAAAGUCCCUGCUGCUCGGGUGGGGCUGCGUUUGUUCGUCGCCGAGCGCACCGGGCUUCGUUCCGAUGCAUCCGAUUUGGAGAUGUGUGCGAUUUACACCGUGCGCGACAGUUGCGUUAUAAGAGCGGUGAAACGGUCCAAUGUUGCACAUAAUCUGGGCUAGUAUCUUUAUAUGACGUUUGACGGCACUCACGCUAAACUCAAAAGCAAUCAUACGCUCUCGCAUACCCCUCCGAUGAGUGAAAGGAAGCAGCUGAGCUUAUACCAGUUGCAAGUGCCACGGCCAAAGAAACGACCCCAGGCACGUAAAAGUGCGUAUUGUUUUCGCUCCACCGAAGAGGCUAGCUUGUCAACGGGAUGAGGAGUUGGUUCGCGGGUGCCAAUUUAAGGCCAAUGCUCGCAGUAUAUCGUCACGCGCAAGACUGCUAGACAGACGGAAUGGUGCCUGAUCAAGAAGGGUGCAGGAAGGUGUAGGAUCAAGCAGGCUAUAGUAUAGUGUUACAGCAACACAUCAUUCGCGAACGCUUCAUUUGCAGUGUUAUUGUAAAGACAUUGGUAUCUCGGUGCAAGUACACUGGAGCCUAAAAGUCGCCGCUUUUCGCGUUUAUGGAACGGCCAGGGGAAGUAUUCCGUCCACUUCGUCUGUUGCUGAGGUGUUGAUUGGCUAUGGCAACUGGCGACUGCGGAUGUGCAGCGCAGCCCAGUAAAUCAGAACUUCAAUAGCAGACGAUAUGGACAUGUUCACUAGGCGGACUCUUAUACAGAAUACCUCCCCAGACUGUCUCUGUCGCGAGCGACACUGCGGUGGUUAGGUAAUGAUUAUUGCCUUUUCGUUGGCCUAACGUAGUCGCACUAUGCGUAUUCUGGUGUUGUUCUUAGGCUGCCAAAACGUGUAGCAAGUUUUGAUAGCUGAAUCAAAGCCUUUGUAUGAAACGCCAGCCCCACGUGACUAUGUGCUAAACGCGUCUCUGGGGCCACUAGCUAGGCCGUCCUCGCGCCCUUUGGCGAUAGCUGGCCGGAUGCGUUUCCGCCACGGAAAAGAAGCUUUGAUUCCUGCAACAGAAUACAUUCUACAUCAAUAUCUUUCACUGCUAAGAAAUUUAUCAUGAAGUGCAGUACGUGUUUUUUUUUCCAAGGCAUUCUUCAAAGUCUGAAGAUACGGCAAAUCCAGAAUUUAAGGUAACACCCUAUCGACUACGUUUCGGCAAAACAAUAAGCUGUUACGUGUCAGAACUUUAAAGGGGAACACUGUUUUGUCGUAUUUUGACAUAUUUCGAGUCUUGCCGAAGCACAAAGUUUCAGCGCGGAUUCUUUCACUCACUUGGGAGAACUUCAGACGAUAACAACGCGCUGGCAUUCCUAUGAGUAAAGAGGUGAAUAUUGUCGCCCGAAAUCUGUCUGCCCUGAUGAAAAUUUAAAGAUCUGUCUAUUGAGAAGCGAACUGGGUAUCAUCUGCGGCAGAGAUGACCCAAAACCCGUGAGUGGAAGAGUUAGAAUUUAAUUGUUUGUCACAGCUGCAGAUUCGCACAGAUAACAUCACGCAAACAGUCGCCCUUGAUACUUUGUUUUUCUGUAAAGACAUCGUGUGGUUUUAAUGGAAGUCCGUAUACUGAACGGCAUCGUUUAGAAGUUGCUCCACCGUACUUUUUCUUUUCUUAUACUUCAUCUUGAAAAGGCAGCCCCGAGUUCACUGAGAGAAUGCGGCGUUUUCCGAAAGUUUUCAUUGGAAUCCGCGGAGCUCUUCCUUCGAGGUUCGUCGGGCCUGCUGAUUCAUUUCUUGCAGUGCCAAAAUACAGUUGAUAAUUUAUUCUUUAAGAUUUCUGUUUGCUUUUUUCUGCGCCCAUGGCUUAAGCACAGACUACACAUUGCUGAGCCACGUACGCAGAGGCCGUCGCUCGAGUUAGAUCAGGUGCCAUUGUCUGUUCGCGCGCCAGUAAUGAAAGCACUUCAUCAUGGGUAUCACAACGAAGAUCUCGUGCUGGUGCGCAUGCAUAAUUAAUAAGUUUAUUCAGUUCUUGAUAGGGUAGCGAACCGUGCACGUCCUUGGUUAACCUCCCUACCAUUCCCUCUUCGUUUCUCUCUCUCUUUAUUCAGUUCUUAACAUUGUGCCUCAUUUAACUGCGUUGUUGUUAUUUUCCAUAGAUCAAGCUGCCUCGAAAGUCAAUAGGUUCGUUUCCUUGCUCUUUUUCUUUCAGCUUUUAACUCUUUCACGCCAAGUGGAAAGAGAAAUAAUUUAUUACAUUGUGCAGUAGUUCUUCCUCUCAUUGUUUCUCGGAACAUUCCGCUUCGACCAUCAAUAGACAGCAUGCUGGCCCGAUUAACUCAUUUUUGUCGAAAGACGAAACAGCGCUGACGGGUGCGGCGAAGCGCGUCCUAGGUGAGGCACAAAAUCUUGAGUGCUAGCGAGUGCGACUGGUUAAAGCGCAUCAGCUCAAGCACCCAGGUUGAGGACUGUCUCACGAAUUACGCAAUUAAGAGCGCAGCUAAAGCGACAACCGUUAUCUUUCUUGUGCAGCGCGAAAACGACGGACGACGCAAACAGAAGCACAGCGCAACGCUACAGCAUCGCGUUUCUGCAGCGCCUACUGUGAUCAGCGGAGGUCGAACAAAGGAUGUUGCUUCCAUGGGCCUGGCGUUCCGAAAUGCACGCGUCUCGCUUAUUUCGGGCUACCCAAAUAGGACAGUCCUGCGCGAGUCCUGCGCUGCUAUAUAACCUAUUGCACAUGUGGCGCGGUUAUACUGUGAAAUUUGUUCUGCACAAAUCCAACAUCGCGCUGGGAAUUGAGCUGGCAUGCCACCACUAGGGACUGGUGAAACGAACAGCGAAACGCCCAUCAUACCCCUUCCCCCUUAACUGGCUCGCACUCUAAAAAAAAAAGUUUACACCCUUUGGGGUGUAUAUUUGCCACACAACGAUAAUCGUCAUCUGUCUUGCCCGCAUUUCCUUUCUUGAAAACGCUGCGCUCGUUACUUUCCUGUCGAGAAAACUCUGUCAUGCUGAUAACGCGCAUGCCGUUCGUGACUGGGAAGUACCGGGCUCGCAGCGUUAAAGAAAGGAAAUGCGGGCAAGACAGAUGACGGUUAUCGUUGUGUGGCAAAUAUACACCCCAAAGGGUGCAACUGUUUUUAGAGUGCGCGGAGUGGAGGCAAACCGGACUUAUCGGGGAUACCGAGAAAACGAGCGGAAGUGACGUCGACUUCGGCAAACGAUCUUCGCCUAUUACAAAGCCGGGUUCGCGUGCCUGUAUCAGCGUAGCGACCGAGGCGCCGACAUGGCGCGGCGCUCAAUUCGGGGUUGGCACAAAAUGGCUCUUUCGCGCUAGCCGCGUGAUGGAUUGGACGCAUGCCUUGUUACGGCGGAUAAAAGCGAGACAAAAGCGAGGCCAUUACAGGCGAGCCCGGUUCGAACAGACGAGGUGGUCCGCACGGGGAGGGUGGGCGAAGGAACGGUGGAGGCGUUCGUAGUGCCAAAGCUUGUAAAUCUGAGCCCCGCGCGCCUACACGUGGUCUCGCGCGUUAAUGAUUCCCCAGACGCGCAGCUUCUCGCGCUGGUUGGAGCGGAGGCAUGCGACUGCGUCCUCGCUCUCCACUUUCUCUCGUUCGCGCGAACCUAACGCCGAAGCGCGCAGAGAUUCAAAUCCGACAACCCUGCCGCGGUGACGUGAAUAAUUAAUUCGCGCUCGCAAUUCGCUCAUUCGUUUUCUCUUCGUUCACCGGGUGGUAAACUGUAGCAGCAACUGUGGCAGUAUCGCAGAGGACGUUACCGUAUUAGGCGGCCGAACAGAAACGGGUGCGCACCCAUUUACUUCUCUAGAAACCAUGAUAUAUCGAUUUCCGGCGGAAUGAUCAGCGCAGGUGUAAUUUUAACCCGCUCACGCGUUCGCUCGGUCCAGAGGAAAGGCCUUAUUUGCUCCGUGCAGUGGCAGCAGUAACGUUGUUUGUUCUGCUUUGCCUGCCUCCUGAAGCUCAUGCAAACGCAGCCGAAGCCACACAUAUCUGGCCGGCACUGCUAAUGCCUUCACUUUGCAAAGUGCUCGCGCGGUACUAACUUAAUUAAGGUUGCGCCGUUAUUCUAAUCAUUGUUCCGAUACCAGGAAGAAACGUGUUCUUUGCAGAAUUUCGUUUCAGCGCCUCGAAUGUCUUUUUUUUUUUUUUUUCAGCAAAGCUGUUUCGAGCGGGAAGAGUCUAGACUGACUGGAUUUCACUAGGGAGAAAAAUAAAUUUCGGACGGGAGUGGAUCAGCUACCGGUCCUCUCCCUGGUAACGCGUUAUUGCAAGCUGCGACGGCGAUCCCUAACGUAAACAGCAUUCGACGGGCAACUCAGAGGCAGCAUAUUUUACCAAGUUAGGUCAGCUGGUGCUCCGUCCCAUACUUAGGCAUGCGUAUCUGUCAAACACCCGAGUCAGACCGCGUUAUACAAGCCGGAGCUUUUCUUUACUCAGACCGAAUGGCCAAACGGCGUGUUGACUAUAACUUUGCCGGAGGACAAAGUUUAGCGCUCGCGCAAGAGACGCCGAAAAAAAGAAAGAAAGAAAACUGCGGCUUGCUAAACGAGGACUUCGUGUGCCGAACAGCGUAUACCUGAGAGUGCCGCUCUGCAAAACUCUUGUUUGCUUUACCCUGGGGGCGGAAACUUGCGAAUAUGCACGUCUUUCCCCGUACUCGCGUAUACCCAUCUUCUCUUCGCAAUAUUCUAUGGUUUGGUUGUCAAGCCACGAGCGGAUUUAAGCUGCUGGACUCAGGCGAAAGAAAAAAAAAAAGGGAAUUGCAGGCAACGACAAAUAAGGACCUCCGCUACUUCAUUUUGCGUUCAAUAGAUUGAUUGAUUGAUUGAUUGAUUGAUUGAUUGAUUGAUUGAUUGAUUGAUUGAUUGAUUGAUUGAUUGAUUGAUUGAUUGAUUGACUUUUUACGCUCCUCCAGCUUACGCUGUGACUAUGAUGCGUGUGCCACGCAGGCCUGCGACUUCUUUUUUUUUUAUCAGCGGCUGCCCUGUUGCGCAAUCUGUCGAGUUAGCUUUUAAUUGUCCUCGCUCGUUAAUUCGAGUGUCCGUGAGACGAGCUCUCUGUCACGUGGGAACGCGAAUACGUUUACUCGCUUUCGUUGCAAGCACGAGGAGAACAUGAGAAUGAGAGAAGUUGACGUCCCUGCAGAAGCACUGCUAUUCAAUUCCCGUGCACGCGAUACCGCACAUUUUGUAAGGAUAACGUGCGCAACGGUUCUCGUUCAGCGAGUUUCAACGCGUGAGGCCUGCUACCGGCGCAUGCAUACUUUACGCGGUUACAUGAUUAUGUAGGCAACCGGAGCUCCACUCGUUGCCGUAGCAUUCCUGAUAUAUGCGGGAUCGGAGCAAUUGUUCCAACUGACGGUGUGUCAAGAAAUAAAUGAAAAGAAAGAAAGGAAAACUUUUGCAAACAGAUCUUGCAGGUUGCAAAAAUACCCCUUCCCUUUCACAAAGAUUUUUUUUUUUUUACUCUACUACUACUAGCCCUUGCAGGUAGAAUGUCAAAUAUAGUUAUGGCAUGCAUUGGUUCGUAGAUUUUUUUAAAAAAGAAGGCCAUAAACAUGGCGUCCUCUGGAUGCUUAAGUUCCCUGCGUUACGCCGACUUCCUGGUCUCUGGAGUUGUAACGUUUGCAGGCCCAGAUAUAAGCGCCUACAGCUGCCGCUAUCACCGCCGCCAAAACAUUCCGCUUUGCGCGCCCCUUUCGCAAUGCAUCCAUGUGCUUUCGUUCUCCGAGACACCAAUUAGUGAAGUUGACUAACAGGCGUUACCCCAACGUAAGAACUUGAUUUUUGCUGUUUGCUUGAAGGGGACGCCAAAUAGAACUGUCCAGACGAGUUGGAUCGACAGAUUACAACCUCGAAAUCCCAAAUAGGCCCGUCUUACAGGUACCAGAGAAUUCGGGAUUCUGAAAAGAAUAAAAAAAAAGUAGAGCCAGCCAGGUGGUGAUGCUACUUUUAAGUUACCUCACCGUUUUUUCUUACGUCAUAGAUUCCGGCACCGUCCUCUCGGGACCGUAUUAGGUGUUUACCAAUAAAGUAUUGUGUUACGUUCGAAAAGUAAACAGAGACACGACCUUAGAGCUUUUCUGAAAACUACCUGCAGAAAAAAGAAGUUAAAUACCUCAAAAUGCCGCAACAUCUGCGACGUCCCCGCAACGUCAUUGGCACAGCGUUUGAAGAGCUAAACCUGAAAAUAAAUAUUUGGCCUUUAUCUUCCACAUUGGAGAGCAGCACACUGCGAGCGCCGCACAAAUAUACGCGGAGCUUUUCAAAGAAUAGACUACCAGCCUAAUAGUCUUAACGUUUUUAUACUUAGCGUCCCGUAAACUCGGGAAACAUUUGGACCAACUACGCAGUCGUCUGUACACAAACCAGAGGAGAACAAAUCGAGGAGGGCGUGACCCACGUGCGUCUCUCAUCACUUGAACGCAACGUUUCAUGCAAAUCCUCUGCUUUGACGCGCCAACGGGUGGCAACGAUGCCAGAGACGUUCCGAAACACUUUAAAAGCCUUCCUAAUGGCCUUGACACGUGGGCCCGAUCUGGCACGUCUGCGUCACCCGGCUCGCGAAAUUACCGCCACUAAUGUCACCGCCGGGCCUUGCAUCCCGCUUGCGCUAUCAAACGUCGUUUGCUGAUUGUUAUAUACUCGUUCUUGUUUAUAUUUUCUUUCCCAACUUGUUUUCUGCGUUCGCUCACUAACUCGCGGUGUGGGUACGUCAGGAGAGUGCGUAGAAGAGCUCACGUAAAAAAAUGUUGCGCUACUUGCUGGUAAGACGCCAUCACGAAAGGAACGCCAGUUUAUGGGGAGACUUUCGAAAUAUAUGCGGUAUGAACGACCACAGCAUGCCUCAGCAUAAGGUUACUCGGACAGCCUAUAGAAAGCCUUUCACCGUCUUCCUAAAAAGGCCCACAGAAUGCUUUACGGACAGCUUGAGGAUAACUUAUGCCAUUACUUUUUUUUUGUCUACCAACGUCUACAGACUUUCUCUAAACAUCCAGUUCGAAAGUCUAUGUCAACCCCAAUAUGACGAAUGAAAAAAAAAAAGAAACCUUAAGGGAAACACGGUGUCCAAAAGGACAAGUCUGUAAGAUGGCAAGUACGCCUACAAGAAGUCUACAAGUAAUCUGUAGACGGCGAAGGUUCUACAUAUACAAGGGUUCAACAUCGUGCUCCAUUUGUUUACAAUGGAAAGAAUAUUUCGACGUCUGUUGGUUUGAGAAGCAGUCAAACCAGCUGCAGUAUUAGUUCUCUCACAACAAAAACUUUUGGAACAGCAGUGUUUAUAUAAAUUUAUUGGUCGCGAACGGUAGAACAAUCGCCGCUCGAUCGAAUGCAUCACUAUGCUAGUUUGCGCGUAUAAUAGAGAGAUACAGCAAAAUUUAUUUCUUGAAAAGCAGUGUUUUACGGGCUCGUUUUUGACACCGUACUACUAUGCAGGGAGAGGAACAAAUAGAUAUGAAGACUUUAAAAGAAAGUGAUCCAAUGCAAAGUAAUAUACAAACAAAAAGUAUACAAAUCUUGUGAUUUUGUCGGGACUGAACUACGUGACGAUGGUAGAUUUUCAACACAGAACUUGUAACCUUGGUGCGUAGUGCGAUUUUUUGAUGAGUGGAAACAGACGAGUCGCAUUUUCGUUAGCAAGCCUAUUGCAUCAAUAUGCGAGGACAACUUGUUAAGCGUCUGCCUUCGGCGUUUUCUCCCCGGGCCCGAACGUUGAAGUACUACAUGUGACACGGGUACUACUCAUGAUGGCGAGUGCAUUACUUGGCUUUACUGGGUCUACAAGUGUAGCGAUGAGCACUUGUCUACGCGAGUGAGCCGAUGAACGCUAUCUCUUGAAUCUUGUCUUGUCAUUUUUCUUCCCAAAUUUGUGAACACGGACAACUGACAGGAACAUGUCAUCCCCAGCGUUAACGUAUGCACUGAAUUCAAUAGGCAGGUGUAGUACGCGACGGUCUCGUUAGAAUGGAUUCGGUUGAGCUGUGGCUUUCGGCAAGGUCAAAUCUGGCGUACGCCGGCGAGACCGGCAGUGUUAUGCUGGGCAUUGUCACAUGCCGCCAUAUUGUCAAAUUGGCUGUCCUGCCAGCACUGAUUGGCUGAGAGGGCGGCCACGCCUUCUCUGGAGGGCCCAAAACGCCCAGGUGCCGGAAUCUGACAGUGUACAGGAUGGCAUUGGUACGGCGCGUUUCUGGCUGCGAGCUCGGCCUUCGAGGUUGCGACGCGCGUUGCCACGACCUAAAACGUCAUGAGGUGAACAUAAUAUAAAUGUCAGUUUGCGUGGCUCGCGCCGGCUCUUCAGCUCUUCGGCUCUUACGCUUUCAUAUAAAUUUAUUAGAGCAGGUAAAACGGGCCGACCCGCCUCCCGAAGGUGGAUUGAGCUCGACCCAACUACCAUUCGCUCGACCCGACUCUACGCAUCACACAUUUGCAUGGACCUGGGUGUAAGUUUUCAAAGGAAACUCAACUCAACCAUGCCGAGUCAAUGUGUCAGCUCCGUUAUGCCAUCAUGCUGUCUCGUGUUUCACGGAAUGAAUCCUUCCCGUUAUGUGAGUUUGUUCAGUACACAUGUGUAAUGAAGCGCAUGGAGCGAGCUUACACCGUUCGACCCGUAGAAGAUUAGUCAACUCGAGCUCACGACUCUUCUAUACAGGAGACAAGCAUGCUUGUGUCCACUUCCACUGGUGCUAAAGCGAACACUGCUUGUAUUACAAACUUAUCACGAGGGGAACCCGCCUGAAAGAGAACGUAAUGGCGUUCUCAUGUUGAAUAUCUAUACAACAUUCUACAACUUUCAUUCGUAGACGGGUUGCAAGUCAUAUCCAAAACCACGUUCGCUUUCUUUUCCAACCAAUCGUUUGGCUUUUUAAGACAGCUGCUUGUCCCAACGGAUAGCUGCUUUCUAAAAUCACACACAAAAAAAGAACAUAGACAUCAGGUCCGAGAUGUGAAUUCGUCAGUAUGAUUCAGUGGUGUUACCUAAACCUAGACCACAUUUGUCACUACACCGGGCAUAAUUAUACGAUGCGAGCCCUGAACUUUCGCCCCCAAUACGUGUCUCAUAUCGUAGCGUGAUUGUCUUUAGCGCACAGCCAUCGUUUAUCCUUGGCCUUCUUUGUGCGAAGACCAUAUCGGGGACCACACAACCCUCGUCUUUCUCGCGUUCUUCGAUUCGCAAGAAGCAAUAGAGCGCGGGGGUCAGGGAACGCAGUGAGGCGUACACCUUUAAAAAUUUCAUGUCUACAUGAAUUCGUAGAUGCUAGAACCGCUACGUCACGCCCGUCGCCAGAACUUGCCCUGCGCGUCGCUUAAGACACACCGGCCAACCCCUCUGCUCAGUGGGUAUACUCGCGACCCCAGGUAGCACGAUGUGCAAAUGAGUAUACGCACUUUGAGAACGAAGUGCUGGCUAUAGUCAAUUUGGAGAGCUCGCGUACUUUGCAUUUUUUUUAAUACCUUUCUCUCCCCGACGCAGUGAACCCCAACGAGGUUUAAACUUUCUUGGUAAAACCCACGCGUGAUGUACUCGGUCGCGGAAUAGGAGAGUUCUCGUAAGUACAGAAACACGGAAUACGGCGUUCGUGUUCUCCUUCCGGUUCCCCCUUGUGUCCGUGUUUUCUACGCGCGUCUGUCCGUAUAGCACGAAUCCCUACUGGCUUGCUCAGCUGUCGUUCCAGUGAUACGUGACAAUUCGUUAUACCCGCAAUAGACCGGGUUCUCCAGAAGUACCAUUAUUCGCGGAGUUACGCACGAGGACCAUAAUUUUUGGAGAAAACCUGUCAGUCACGCUGCGCACUCCAAUGAGAGUUGGCGGGGAGCUAUGAGAGAGAGAGAGAACGGCCGAGACUAAUGACAGAAAGCGGGGCACGCUUAGCCAAUGGAGCAUGAGCAUGGCAUGCUACGCCUCUCUGAGGUACAGCGAAAACUGAAGAGAGAGGAAAAUGUAGAGGAAACCCGAAACUCGACGGCUCUGUCCUUCAGUAGUAGCUGUCCUUGCUAUUGGAAGAGGUCAUCACCAACCGAUCAUCUGGACGGCAAAAUAAGAGAAUGGUGGAGAUGUGCAGCAACAAUAGUUGAGAAAGGGAUACCGAGUGUGGGAUUUAACAUCGGCCGAACUUGAGAUGCUGUACCUGCUCACCUGACAUAUUUUGAUGUAAGCGAGGGUUUUGUUAGAAAACUGUCUGGUGAGGCGAAAGCGUGUGAACUGAAAAUUGGGACACUAACCAAGUAAAUGAGAUCAAACGUUUCUGUGUGUCGGGUUCCACACGACACCGUAACCAACUUUUUUUUUUAAGUUGGUCGGUGUCAUCUUCUACUGAACAUGUUUUUACGGCUUACCGACGGCUUACCGUCAAACUCUUAAUUACAACUAGGGCCGAGCAGUCUCUUUGGGUAAAAAAGAUAAAAGAAAUAGGGUAGUCGGAUGUUCUUGUCUUCGUCGUCGAAAGUUGCUAGACUGUCUUCAGAUGGAGACAGUAUAUCGAGCGAGAGGGCUACCUGAGAGCGAGCUCAUCGUGUCUGCAGAAAUCUGGUACCGACGGCAGUGUCGACGUCGCUUUUUAAUACAUUGUGGUGGCGGGUAAAUUGCAAGGGACCAGAGCAACCCGAGGCUUCCUAUAUGAGAGUCUGCUGCAAACACUGUUCUUUGCACAGGCAGACGACAUGUUAUCAAUUGACCACAAGAGCACGCAAUUUAACUUCGCCUUGUAGUUGAUUGCGAGAGGGCAAAUCGGCAACCGUCAACCAUGGUUGCACUGAAUCUUGUGCUAGCAAUCAGCUUGUCUUUCGAAGCAUCCCUCACGCACGAAAAUAAAUGUUCGAAUGAUAUAUAGAAAGUCUGUAAAUAUUUUACUAUAAUGUCGGCAGACUGACAAGGGUAGAAGCUUGGGCGAGUUAGUAAUUUGUCGCAAAACGAGCACAGCGCGGAAGACUCAGAAGAAAAAGAAGAAGACAUGCACAGCGCUGACUUGCAACAAUUCAUUGAUUGAAUUCAGUGCCGGGUGCGCCUUUUUUUUUUUUUCCGCAUUCCGCGCUGGGUUCGUUAUGCCAAAGUCUACAGAAUGUCGAUACACAGGUUGUGGACUACGGCUUUGCGCUUUUUGUCGUCAAUUGUAUAUAGACUUUACUCAAAUAACCAGUGUGGAAGUCCAUGACUAACAAUAGACCAAAGUAAAUACACAGUUGUUAGCUACUUUUGUCGGCAAGAAUUAUAAUUACGACAAAAAAAAAAGGGGGGGAUGGGUUAGCGAGAUGGAAAAACAGUCUGCUCGAAGUCCAUAUAUAGCUUGCCUAAAUUCAUUUUUACAGCCUUUCGGAGUGAGAAACUUGCUCACUUGCGCUAAUAUUCAUUUGGUGCGCUAUUUACGUACUUGCGCGGCAUGCACAUGUCGGCGUAUACAGAGCCUCAGAGUUAACACCAAUACGUCAGCGCGUUAUUGUUAACGCUUGCCAGCUCUGUACCCUGCUUACUGUCCUCUGGUGCCUGUGCCAGUGGGCAGUUCCUUCGUACCGAUAUGAGUCGAUCGCCGAAAGGUAUAGAAGAGAACACGCAUACAGGGCAUCUUUCGAAACUGUUAACAACUUAAGGAGGCGCUAUCGUUAAUGCUUCCGACGCCUGGUAUGCAGUUUUAUUUCUAUUGCAUCGUGGACGUUUGCUCACAGCGCUACCUAAGCUUAGAUGAGGCGUCACUAUACGAGAUGUCAUACCAGAUACUCGUGUCAUAUACCAGAUAACUUUGUCAAAUACAAGCGGGCUGGCUGGUGCGUUGUUUCAGUAGGUGUAGUGAAUUCAGCUCUAUAGGGCACAAGGUACGGAGAGAGUGCAGACACAGCUAGCGCUAGUUGUGUCUUUUCUUCUAUAGUCCUCUUUUUUUGUGUGUGUGUCUGUGCGUGUGGCUUAGCGCCGAUUCCGCUAUGCAUUCCGAGUCUCACCGAAGCCUUUGUAUAUUUACGCUGUCAGCCCGUUUCGCAUCACAUCGCUGGAUCAUUUCGUUUCACAAUUCACUCGGGCUUGCCAGUGGUAGAAGCAUACCACAACACACACACGGCGCGUUAAACUGUGUACGGAGCACGCAUAUCAACCUUUACUCAUUUUACUUUGUUUUGUCCAAAAGCUAACAAUUGUUACUGUGAAAACGAAGCUAAUUAACAAGAAAUUAUUAACCAAAGGUUUCGUGAAAUCAGCGCCCUUGUUGGGCAUGCGCACAUUUAGUGUAUCAUAUCAGCGUCAAUCAUAAAAUCAGCAAAACAAUCCGCUGCUAUCUGAACAAGUAUAACAGACCGGUUUGAGUCGAUUUGGUCCUAUAGGCCAUAGCAUGAAUUCUCUUACGUAAGAACGCUUCCUUGAGGACGUUGCAGUAAGAACAACAAUAAUAGUAAUGAUAAUAACAAUAAUAACAAGAAGAAGAAGAAAAAGAAUUAACUGAUUAAAUAACAAAUAACUGAUUAGACCUCGCGUCUCGAGGUUGCGCGGUGAUCUUUGAGGGACGCCCUAUAAUGGCUGGCUCCAGGUUAAUUUUGCCCACGUGAGACUUUUUAACGCACAUCUAAAUCUGAGUAUACCCACGGUUUUUCCUUUUCGGCAUUUCGCCUGUACGCAUAUAAAUGAGACCGCCCCGGUCGAGAAACGAACCCACGAACUUCUGUUCAGCAGUGGAACUAUUCGUUGAUGUGGCACUUUCGUAAGAGGUGUUCUGUGAAUCUGGCCCCUCCUUAUUUUCCAGCAUCCCGCUGCUGGCGACGUUAUGUAGGUCGGGACCAUAUACGUAUACCACAGCGUUCGUCAUUCUGACGCCCUUGCAGAAGUUCCGCAAGCGUUUCAGAAAGCAGCUCUAGUAUAUAACGCAAGCUGUGCUGAACAGCGACCUAUGCACAAUGCUAUAUAUAUAUAUAUAUAAAAGAAAGAAAGAAACGUAAGAUGAAUUUUUUUUUUUUGCAAUGGUCACGUUACAGCAGUGUUUGACGGUACCACCAUGUAACACUGUUUUCGUGUCGCGUGACCAGCGUUUAAGAUUUUUUCGCCGCUGUACGCAUCGCUUACUCCACCAUAGUGAACGUGAGCUAUACAUUUCUGUAUAACCCGGAUUCCGCGAAGCUGUAGACCAGAACGGUGUGUGUUAACUGCACACGAUUGUGAAAGUUUGAAAAUAAACGCCAUAUCUUUUUCUUACAAA